AUGAAGAUUUGGUUGCUGCUGGGUCUUCUGCUGAUGCAUGAAGCCCUAGAGGAUGUUACUGGCCAACAUCCUGCCAAGAACAAGCGUCCAAAGGAGCCCGGAGAGAACCGAAUCAAGCCUACCAACAAAAAGGUGAAGCCCAAAAUUCCUAAGAUAAAGGACAGGGACUCUGCUGAUCCAACGCCAAAGACACAGUCUAUAAUGACGCAAAUGAUGGAUAAAGGUCGCUUCCAGAAACCUGCUGCUACCCUGAGCCUGACAGCAGGGCAAACUCUGGAGCUUCGAUGUAAAGGGAAUAAAAUCGGAUGGAGCUAUCCUGCAUACCUCGACACCUUUAAGGACACCCGCCUCAGUGUGAAGCAGCACGAACGCUACGGCCAGCUGACCCUGGUCAACUCCACCGCAGCCGACACGGGCGAGUUCAGCUGCUGGGGACAGCUCUGCGCCGGCUACGUCUGCAGGAGGGACGAGGCCAAGACAGGCUCCACCUACAUCUUCUUCACAGAGAAAGGCGAACUCUUCGUACCUUCGCCCAGUCACUUUGAUGUCGUCUACCUGAACCCGGACAGGCAGGCUGUGGUUCCUUGCCGAGUGACCGUCCUGUCGGCCAAGGUCACUCUCCACAGGGAGUUCCCGGCCAAGGAGAUCCCGGCCAACGGAACGGACAUCGUUUACGACCUGAAGAGAGGCUUUGUGUAUCUGCAGCCUCACUCCGGCCACCAGGGGGUGGUCUACUGCAAGGCGGAGGCGGGGGGCAAGUCUCAGAUCUCCGUCAAGUACCAGCUGCUCUACGCGCAGGUUCCCAGUGGCCCUCCGUCAACGACCAUCUUGGCCUCUGCGAACAAAGUGCAGGGGGGAGAUGAUGUGAGUGUCCUCUGCACAGUCCUGGGGGAGCCAGAUGUGGAGGUGGAAUUCAAGUGGACCUACCCAGGGCAGAAGGAUGAAAGGCCCGUGACGAUUCAGGACUCCUGGCGGCUGAUCCAUAGAGGACUUGGGCACACCACACGGAUCUCCCAGAGUGUCCUGAGCAUUGAAGACUUUGAGACCAUUGACGCAGGUUAUUACAUUUGCACUGCUCAGAAUCUCCAGGGACAGACCACAGUAGCCACCACUGUGGAGUCUUCCUGA